AUGGACACGGCGGGGCCGCCGCCCGCCUCCGCCUUAAGUACGGCCCGCGUGGGACCGCCCCCGGGUCCCCGGCUCCACGGCCCCGCUCCGCCCCGCCUUUGGCCGCGCUCUGCUGCCAUCGGAACCGGCCUCGGGCGCCGGCACUGCCCCGGCACCGGGACGGCGACCGAGACCGGCACUGGGACCGGGACUGCGAGUGAUUCUGGGAUCGGCACCGGGCCCGGCAGCGGGACUGGGUAUGGGAUUGGCACUGGCAUGGAGGCAGGCAUCAGUACCACCACGGGGAUGGGAACUGGGAUCGGGAUCGGCACUGGGACUGAUUCUGGGACUGGCACCGACACGAGGGCAGGGACCGGCAGCGGGACUGGGAACGGGAUCGGCACCGAGACCGGCUCUGAAACCGAAACCGGAAGAGGCACCAGGACUCGGACCUGGACAGGGACUGGGACCAACACCGGCACCGAGAUUGGCACUGGUACCGGAACUGCCAUCGGGACCGGGACCGCGACCAAGACCGGCCAUGAUGAGUACCGGGUCGGCGAUAGGAACCGGGACUGGCAAGGUCAGGAGGCCAGCACCGGGACUGGAGCCACCCUGCCCAGCGCACCCCAGUUCCGCAGCUACCUGCCCGGUGCCUUCCUCAUUCCCAUCCCCUUGAAGCAACCAGUCCCGGGGGCGCCUCCCUCCCGGAAGCCCCAGGAAGGGCCUGGAGGGGCAGGUGCGGCACGAGGGGAGCCCUGGAUAGGGUCUGAAGGGAGCUCUCUUUGGAGCAGUGCUGGGAGCGAGGCAAAGAAGACUUCAUGCCUUUGGAGGAGUCCUUGGAGAAAUGAUGAAGAUCCCAAGGGAGCCUUGAAGUGGUCCCUGAAGGGCACCUGUGGGGAUCACUGGGGCCAGCCCUGCAGGGCCAAGAGACUACUGACUGCUCAGGGCAGCCCCAGGGAGGGCCAAAGGAUGUCUCAAAGGAUGCUUGUUUCCCUCAUAGCCAUGCCCGGGGCAGGCUGUGGUAUGUCCAGGCUGUGGAGCAAGAAACACUCGGAGAAAGAGCUCAGACCCGCGGGACCUGUCAUGGGAGAGAUGUUUCAAGCCCUUGUACUUGCUCCUCCUGAUGUGUGCGUGAACACAGAGUUCAGUUUGGGGGUUUCAGCUGAAUUCUUAUUUGGUCGGGGUUCAUGGGUGCUUGGGUUCCUUGAGGCAGUAGACUUGUGUCCCUCGUCAUGGGCUGGGGCUGUUGGGCUUUGCCUGUUCCAUGGAGCCCCGGAGGGGGCUGGCAGGACCUCGGGAUCUUCACAGGCAAGGCGAGUACCUGUCCUGCUUCUGGCAGGCGUUUGCCUGAGCUGUUCCUCCCCGGCACACCCAGUGCUGAGCUCCGGAGAUUACUGAGCACCUCCCAGACGCCCCGCGGCCAGAAACGCUCUCGAGUCUUGGCCUGGGAGAUCAGGUACCUCCCUUCCUUUUUGCAGCAUCAGCAACAUCACAGCUGCACGCCUUCUCUGUGCCCAUGUUCCUUCUCUGUGCCCUUAUUCCUUCUCCGUGCCCACGUCCUCUCUCUGUGGCCAUGUUCUUUCUCCAUGCCCACCUCUCCAGCCCAGUUUCCAGUAGCUGCUGGAGGAAGACUCCGGGCUGAUGCAGAGCUGUCCAAAUCCAGCUCCUCAGUGACAUCUUGUGCUGGGAAUGCUCAGCGCAGGCAAGGGAUGGGAAAAUUAGUUCCUGCAAUUGUUCUUUCCUGCUCUCCCGAACUGGCAUUACUGGCAUUGCUGUAACCGGCAGUGAAACCUCGGGGAUUCUCUGAGCUCAUUUGUAAGGUUUUCCUUGGGAACAUCUUGUCUUCCACGGGGACAGCAAGACAGUGGCAUUGCCUCUGACAGAGCUGGGUACAAAACUCUGGAAAAGCAUCCGCUUCCCUCAAAACAUUCCCCGUGUUGACUCUUUUGUGCCAUUUAGUGAUAAUAAUAAUUCACCCAAUGUUCCUUGCCGUAAUGAGACUGUAUAUAUGAAUUUUUGGGAUGCAGUUCAAACCUUGUUUCUCAGCCAAUUGCUACAGAAAAUUCCCUUCAAAGGCUCUAAUGGCAUCAGUCACUCCUGGGAAACUCUCCUGGUAUUGGCAGGGAAAGCUUCCAAGUGCUGCCUGCUGUGCCAGCAGAGCUGCAGCCCUGCUGCAUCCAGCUGGGUGCAAAACCAGGUCUGAGUUUCUGAAGAAACUUUAGUCUCAGGGCCAGACUCAGAGAUGAAAUGUCAAAAAGCCACUUUUUGAUGGAAAUGAAAUCUGAUGAGGUUUCUCUCAAGAUGGUGGUACCUGAAGCAGAGGAAAUCCCUGAGCUGGCAGCCCUGACAGUGGCAGGGAGACCAACAAGGGGUGCUCCAGGCUGCUGUGGGGACUGUACCAAUCCGUCAUGGGUCAUUGUUGCCUUGCAGAGCACUGACCCCCCGAGAUCCCAAUCCCCCUUGGCUGUGACAUUAUGCCCUUGAGGCCACUGUCCCUGUCUCCACCAUGCCCAGACAGGUGCUGCUGGCACAGAGGGGCUCUGCUGAAAGUGGCUGCAGCUGGCAUGGGAAGCUCAGUCCAGCCUGUGGCUGGAACACACAUCCCAGACACAACCAUGCUGCGAUAUUCCACAUGGGCAACAUGGCCAAGGCUGGACAACACACAUUCAAGUCCUUCUUUGACCACUCUCACCUGCACCAGUGAUGGGAAUAAAUCCAGCAGUAGCUAUUAUGGAUGGCUUGGGAAGCUGUAAAAUGUGAAAAAAACAUUUGAAUGUGAGACAAAUAAGCAAGGAGGGAAUUUGGCACAGGAGAAGAUGCAGUUUAGGAGAUGCCAUGCCAUGCAUAUUUCAUGGGCCAGCCCUCAGCAGAGGCUUCUUUGACAUCACAAACAUCACAGAUGGCAAGGAGUAACAGUAGUUGCUCCCAGCAUCUGGGAAGGAGAACCUGUGGGAUGAUCACUCCUUCUGCCUCAUGGUAGAAGUUGGCAAGGGCACAUGAUCUGGAAGCUGCUUGCUCUGCUCCCCGGCUGUGGGACCAGCCUUCCUCAGCCUCCUCUUCCUCCAGCCCUGUGCCAGGCUAGGGUCAAGCCUGCCCCAUCCUUUGGGCCUGGGCUCUGUCCUCACUGUCCCACAGCUCUGUGAGCCUUCCAGCCCUGCUGCCCCAGCACUUUGUGCUUCCAGCAUUGCUCCUCUGAGGUUUCCUUGGAGAGGGCUGACUCAGGUGUUCCUCUGUCAGGUAUUUCUCACUGAUCAUAUGCCUGACUUGUGCCCAGCACCUGUGCUACCAAAUUUUUCCCACCGCAGGCCAGCAUGCCUGCACCCUGUGGGAGCCAUCCUCAGCUGGCAUAUGGCUCUGCCAUAGUUGCCCCUUGGGGCAGCAGGUGCUGGGGUGGCAGGAGCUGGGUGGGUCAGAGACUGAUGUGGAUCCACUGGCAAAACCCAGGAGAAGAUGGACUUGAGGAUGGCGCAUCCUGAACCGCAGCUGCAUGUGUGUUUUCAUCUCGUUGGGGGUUAUUUUUCUUCACGAGAGGCUUCAUCUCCCUCUGUGCAACUCUUCAGGGAGAACUCUCGAUCCACUACUGCCCACUCUGAGGGGAUAAACUCCUGUGGUGUGCACAGGAGCUCCCAGCCUUAGGAUGGGGUUUGUUUGGAUAAUGAGUUGGUACUCUCUGACCCCUCCCAAGCACCCUGUCAAGUCACACCUCAGUGUCACCCUCCUGGGGGUGACUGACUUGUGCCAUAGUAUGGACCACAGUCUGGCAGCUGGAUGGAGGGACCAACCUUCCUUCUUACAGCUGGGGAACCAGGGAACUGCAUCCUUCCCCUUGCACUUGGUGCUGCAGAGGCCCCAGGAGACUGAGCUGCUGCAGCAGGAUUAAGGGUGAUCCCUGUCCAGGUGUGACACAGGCAGGUGAGGCUGCAGCACUCAGUCUCCUGCCUCCAUGAGACCAGAGCAGGAGUCUUGGGAACUUGCUGGUCACCUGGGGAAUCACAGGGUGGGAGCUCCAGCUUCUGGGGUGUUCCUUUGGGCUGGGGGCCCUGGAGAAUGCAGCUGAGAGAGCUGCCACAGACCUUGCAGAGGAAAGAGGUGCUGGCUGGGUGGCUCUUCUUGCGGCUGAUCUCCUGGCCAGUCCAGACCUUGCUCUCCCAGCAUGGCUGGGAUUUUGAAAACUGAUCGGGUCUGAUCCCUGGCAUUUCCCACUUUCAUCCCAAGAAAUAAAUGUCCUCUUGAUUCUUCCUGCGAGUUCCUGGGUGUGGCUCAGCAGCCAUGAGAAAAUACCCAGGUGAAUUCCUGUCUUCAUGAAGGUCAAUGCUACUACAAAAAUAAAUUGCCUCUGAAAGGAAACCAAGGAAAUAUCCAAGGCAGGGAAAGACACAUCAGACUUACCACAUCAGUUUGGUGUUUUGUUUUUUGUUUUUGUUUUUUUUUUCCCCAGAGAGUCUUUCUCUUUUUCCAUCCACUGGCAGAAGGGAGUCAUAUGAGAUGUCCACAAGUGUGCUUGGGGGAAAAGGAACAUCAGUGAAGACCUGAAACAAUUUUUCUGCUCUUAACAGCUGAGAAAGGAUCAUGCUGAAAGGUUUCUGUGGAAGUGGGGCCUAGGGAAUGGACAUGAAAAGUCUUUUUUUCCCAGCUGACUCCCUUGGCAAGUUAAUUGUUUACAAAGCCUGGAUGCCAGAGUGCCUGGAAGGGAGUCAGCUCUAUUUUAGCCCUUUGUAAAUUAUUUAAACACCUUGUGCUGGGGGAACAUUCCCAGGAAAGGGGCUGCUUGGCUCUUCUUCCUGGGUGUGCAGAAGAGGUGGAAGGCAGAAGGAGCCAGCCCUGGCAGGGACAGCAGGAGUGUGUGGUGGGGAUGGCUGUGCCCCUCCUGUCCCCCAAGAGCUGAUGCUGAGACCUGAACCAGCUGCUCCUAGUCCAGCUGUCCGGAGGCAUCCUCCCAAACCCCUCCCAGGUGAUGUUCCUAAGUAGCCCCUCUAUUUUUUGCAGCCUUUGCCUGCCAGGAGCAUCCCCUGGGAAGGACAAUGGAACCAAAGAUCCCAGGUGUCUUGUGGGAUGCCAGCGAGGUGAGGACAUGGGGUAGAGCUCCCUGUAGCACCCGGGGGCAAUCACACAUCAUGGGGCUGGGGACAAGCUCCUGAGACUGGAGCUGGGCAGCUCCAACCCCCUUUACCCUUGAGGAGCUGGUGGCUCCUUAUUGAUUAAUGUGGUGGCUCAUUUCUCUAAAAAUAGCCUCUUAAUUACUGAGCCUCUGGAAACAUUUGUCUCACAGCAAAACCUGAUUGAUUUGAGGGCAGCUGCAGCUCCAGCGAGAGCCUGGAUGGCCCCUGCCAGAGGCAGCUCCUGGCUAGAGGAGGUUUCAGGCUGGUUCAAGUCAGUUCCCAGCUCACAGAUGAUGGAUAUUUGUUUUUUCAAGUGUCACUUGGUUUUGCUUCUUAACUUUCUGUGUAUGUAAUUGCAAGCAAGUGGCACUGAGGGGUACUUGGACUUCUCUUCCAGUGGAACAAAAUUGGAGGAAAAAUGUUAAUUUUCCCCUAGUGCUCCUGAACUGUCUGCACUGAAGGGAAAAAGCUGUUCUGGUUUCUUGAUUUCUUUCUUUUGUGUUGUUUUCCCACUUUCCUUUACAUUGAUGAAUACUUUGUGGAAACCUUAAUGCUUUUCCCUUAUUCUCCUGUCCCAGAGAAGGUGUGCAAGAUCCCAGAAAGGCUGAAAAGAGAGAAAAAAAGUAGAAAAUAGAAUUGAAAAUAAAUUUAUUUUCUGGGGUUGUUUCAUCUCUCUGAGUUUGGGUUCUUGAGUCAGGAGUUCCAUAUCCUGGAGAUGGAGAGGGGGUAUUUGAGAACCCUGUGGUCCCCCACCCUCCCACAAGCACCACAACCUCUGUGCAGCUGAGCAUAGUGUGGCAAGGGGAAUACAGGGGCAUCCUGAGACAAAUUAAGGAGAAAAGGGAAGAGGGGAUGCAGUUGCUGGAUGCCAGUACUGGCCUUGCCUCCCUCCCUGGCGCCAGCCUGAAAGUCAUCUGUCACUUGACAGAUCAGCUGGACACUGCUCUCCUUCUGCUCCUGUCCAGGCUCCAUGUCUACUGUGGGGUCUGUCCUGUGAUCCCAGCCAGUCCCUGCCCCAGAGCUGGCAUAGGCACCACAGGGGAUGCUCAGAGAGCCCUGAACUCCACAUCCAAACCCACAGGUCCUUGCUCACUGCAUGGGCUGCAGAUUCUUGCUGACGUACUCAUAGGUUUUUUUCACCCUUUAUGUUUUUUUUUUUUAUUUAUUUCAAGGCUGAAUCUUUCACUCUGGUGGUUGUGUGUCUUCAUUUUUCUCAUUCAAAGUUUCUUCCAAUUGAAAUUUUAUUGGUAAUGUUUUAAUUCUUUGCCCAAGAAAGUAUCAAAGGGAGCAUCCUUCCUCAGAGGGAUUCAAGCCAUUGCAUCCACAGGGAAGGCUCACCUUGCUGAGCCCCAUUUCUACUAUCCACAGCUGUGCCAGCCACCCCAGAACAGGGGAGAACAGAGAGCUCUGGAGGAUGCUCCACUAGAACAGCCUGGGACAGUAGUGCUGGCAGCUCUCACCAGAACUCACACCUUGAAUCUGUGAGAACUCAAAUAAUUUUCCAACAUCACCAGCAAAAUUUCCCCAGAUUUUGCUGGGGACAGGAGAAGGCAACACUCCCAAGUCCCUCUUCCUCAAGCUGGCAACAUGAUAGCUUUCCACUGCAAUGACGGAAUUCUUUUUUACUUAAUGCAGGCCAAAUUAAUUUUCUCUAAUUAGAACUGAUGAUACAGCUGGAAGAAAUGAGCUUUCUCUCCAAAGCCUCAUCUGCCAGUAAAGGGCAGCAUCCCUCCAGCAGAUCUCAGGGUGUUUGGCUGACCCAGCUUCUCAUCCCUCUGGGUGUGGCUCUUUGCACUGGAACUUGGAAAGAAAAAUACUCCAGAAUGGAAAAUUUCAGGCCUAAAAGGUAAAGUUGGGCAGAACCCAGGUGGGACUUGGCAGAGAGACCCAGCAAAGGCUGUUCCUUGUGCUGACGUUUUUGCUCUGUGCUUUGGAGAGCUACUCUGCAGCUGUGCUCCAGCCGGAUCAGGCUCUGCCAGUGUAAGAGAUGAUGUUAGCACCAAAACAUGUGACUUUUUCCCUCUUUUUUUUUUGUUUUUAAAUCUCUGGAGCUAUGGAUGUUUCAGAAGCAGCCACUGCAGUGGUCUUACGUCCUGUGGGAAUGGCUGUCCCAUUGUCCCAUUAGUCCACCCCACUCCCAGCGGUGGCCCAGAGGCUUUGGUCCUCUGGCUGCUUGUCCACAGCAGACAGAGCACAUCUGUGGUAGCACCAGAACAGCCCUGACACAGCCCAGAAAAAUCACCUGAUGGAAAUUAAGAACUUUUGUUGCAAGCUCUGUUUACUAGAAACCAAAAGCAAAGAGCUACUCUGUAUCCGUGCAUUGCUGGCUGGCUCUGGGAUGCCCAUGAAGGGGGUUUGAACAAGGGAGGCAUAGGAGAUUGCUGUGACUCCAUCUCCCUCCUGGGAAUUCUUCCGCUCAGGUCUUGCCAGAGGAUGCCAACCCAUCCCUACAAGGUUUGAGGAUCUCUGCAGAAGGACCUUCAUGUGCUGUGCUGAGUCCUGGGCUCCUCUGCACCAGGAAGGACCCCACAGCACUCCUUGGGGCCCCCAUGACUCACUGAAAAAGUCCUCAGCUGCUGAGGCCAAAGGCCUCAAAAUUCACCUGUGGAGAAACAAGGAAAGGAGAAAGGCAACAAAUUCAAGGUGAAAAAAAAAGCAGUUCGAAGACGAGAGAUGAACCUGCUCUGGUGUAAAUUUGGAGAAGUCAUCACCAAAUUUGAUGGAGGGCUGCUGUCCUUUCCUUCCCUUCAGGGAGCACUGUGGCAUCUCCUUUCCCCUAGAUUUUGGAGAGAACGGAUUUGCGUUUCUUACACAAAAACAGAAACAACAACCUGCCUGUGCAGA